AUGCAUCGCUGGAUUUCUCUAGGCGGAUGGCAUGGUCCAUCUCUGAUGCUUACCAAACUUGGUUUGCAAAAGCCUGAAGAGAAUUUUCCCUUUGAUAUGAUUCGCUGCACUUUUGACGGCCUUAUUAAAUUCAUUGAGGAGGGAUUUGACGACGAGUAUUUCCCGGGUGCACUGAAAGAACGCCCUUUUAUUCCAGACCCAAUCUCCAGUUGGUUACUAUUUCGAGGUAAGCACACCUGCUUUACGCACACCGACCUAAACAAUGACGACGUUGUGGCAGCCUUUCAGAAUCAAAUUCGAGCCUGGGAAAAACUCUUCUCGCCUUCCUCGGCGGAAGACCUAGAAAAAGAUCAGGAUUUUACCGCUACAGCCUCGCGGCGCCCUAUUACUUUCCUACGAACCAUUAUUGCAGAGGAUCCGCAGCAUGAAUUAGAUCUCGUACCCGUCUUUAAUGAAGCAAUUCUGCGAAAAAUAAAGGGCACGCUCCCUUUUCGCAUGGUGAUGGUGAUGCAUGAGCAGGGCCCGACCACGCAGCCCCAGUUCACUAUUUCAUCUACAAGUCCAUCGUAUUCCAUCCAUACUCCAUGCGUUGUGUGGAAUCUAAAGCGUGAUCGCAAGAAUGCGCUGCCUAGCUCUUAUCAUACCAUGGCUAUGGACCGUGAAGAACCUACUAGUGGUGCUCAAUCAUCUACCUUGUUCGACGAAUGCCACGAUGGCUAUCAGAAAAUCAUCACCACCAUGUCGAAGGAAAAUAAAUGGCAACUACUUACCUCAACCUUGCCGAGCUUUUCUCACUUUGUCCAAGCUCGGCGCGAACGCCAACCACAGUGUAGUUCCCCCACCUCCUCAUCCCUUCGUUCCCAAUCUUCCGCGUCCUCGCUGGAGUCCCCUUUCACGCCAUACUCGGAGCUCAGUCUCUUGGAGGGGGUGCCGGUUGUACGAGCAUCCUGCAAGGGCGUUGGCUCGACGCGAAACAACGGCACGUGUGUGUUUUGCGGCUCCCUCGACGGCCAUGAGUGGGAAAGGCGCGAGGCCUUCGAUCGCAAGGCCCCGUGGGAGCCGGCGGAGGUGGAUCAGCUCCUGCUCGCGUACGCGUUGAGCGGUGGCGAUGAGGUGGCGGCGGUGGAGAAAAUCGCGGCGGAACAGCGCCGAGGCGCGAAUGAAACCCUACGCCAGCUGCAUGAGCUUCUGGGUUUAGUGGAGGAAAAUCCCCCCACAGGUUCUUUAAACGAACAGGGGCUAGGUGACACGAACGUGACACAACAAAUAGGGCAUUGCGAUGAAGGGACUUGCGCUUAA